AAGCCGAACUUCCGGGGAAAAUUAGCAUCAUAAGGUCGGUAGUCGGCUAGUCGCUCUCGGCAGCGCGUCUGUGUCACAGUGUCAGUCGUCAGUGGCAUCGUGCCGCGCGCGCUUUGUGCAUAUAUCUGAGGUUACGAGGUAUACUAUUUUACUUGGGCGUGCAUACAAAUAUUCGCCUGCAGCCAUCAUCAUCCUCGAGGAAUAAAAUAUCCGUCUGUAUUUAAAAGUGCUUCUGACUUCGAGAAGUAACUGAACCUCAACGCAGAUCUUUCCAAAAACCACCGUGCUACUGUGUUUGUAUACACUAUUUUUGCACCGUCUAAAUAGGACGCCAUCGAGUGAAUUAACCUAUAACAUAACCAAUUACGCAGAAACCUGACCGCCGGUGACUGCCUUUAAUAAUUAACCGACGCCGCGAUACUCUCGGCAGCUACCUUCUUCCAUUUAGUUCGCAGCGAUUUAUUGGAAAUAGCGAAUAGCGUUGAGUAGUCGUGGUUAUCGAGGCGAAGCUCUAGACGAGUUUUCGGUGUCGCUGCAAGGUAGAUAUCGAGUGUUAUAGAACGUAACAGUUUGUGAGAAUGAGUCCAUUAAACAGAGGUCCCUUGAUGGGUCCCAGGAUUCCGCCAACAGCCAUGAGGCCACCUAUGCACCGAUAUGGCAGGGCUCCACCACCACCUCCAGGAAUGGCUCGGGGCAUGCUACCACCACCCAUGAACCCAAUGUUCGGACCUCCAAGAGGUAGACCUAUGCCACCAAUGCCACUAAGGCCAGGCCCAAUGAUGGCAAGACCCGGUCCUUUGCCUCCUUGCCCUCCGAUGUUUGGACCGAGGAACAGACAUAUGCCGCCGAUGCCUCCUAUGCCACCAAUGGGACUCAGAGGACCUAUGGGCAUGAGACCUGGACCAAGAGGUAUGCUGCCACCACAUGCACUACCACACAUGAGGCCCAGGUUUCCACCCAAUCACACCAAUGGCAAGGCCAAACCUAACAACACCAAGAAGGCCAACAAACUUGAGGAGCUAGAACUGAAGAAACCGUGGAUGACCGACGAAAUCCGCAGUGAAAUCCAGAAGAAAAACAAGCUUUAUGCUAAAGCUAAGAAGAACAAAGAUGCCAAAGAAUGGGAGGAGUUCAAAGACUUAAGAAACAAAGUCACUCGUAUGAUUAGGGAUGCCAAAAAUGAAUUCCUUGCGAAAAAUCCUGAACAGGCACACCUCUAUGGAAAUGACGAAGAAAUUCCGGAAGUGACGAGCGAAGACGUCGCCGAGUUCUUCGCAAUGGGUUCGGAAGACGAAGAGUCAGCCAGUCCGUAUUGCGAGGUUUGCGAUCGAGAUUUUGAUUCGGAGGAGAAGCUCCAAAGGCAUAUCCAGGAACAUCAGAUCUGCAGGAUCGAUGGUUGCACCUUUACGGCGCAUCCCAAGAUUGUUGAGAAGCACAUUAGCAUGCAACACGUCACGGGUCUCUACGAGCGAAUGAAAAAUGUUAUGAGCGACGAAGAUGUUACGAAAUGGAGGGCCGAGAGAAAGAGACGAUACCCCACAGCUGUUACUAUCAAAAUUCGGGAGGAUGAGCAAAUCGCAAAGAAAAAACGCGGAGAAGUGAUACAAAACGAAAUAGAAAGUCGAAAGAUUCAAAAUACACCUAAAAGGGACAAGCGAAAGCCACGUAAGCGAAAGCGCAAUAAACCAGCGCAAUCACGAAUGCCUGAAAAAACUGUUGAACACGAGCUAUAUAGAGGGUUGUUACCAUUCGCAGGCACAGCAAUGUUAGAUGAAAAUGAACAGUCGGAUGAUUCCUUAGUGCAAGAUGCAAUAGGGGUUGAAGUUGUAGAACCAGAAGAAAAUAGAUGCAAAAUUGUGCUAUCGGACGAGGAUGAAGAGGCUGUCCAGCAAAUUGUGCCAGCAGAUUUUAAGAAGUCGGAAAUAGCUGAAUCACCAAAACCAGUUGUGCCUGCCUCUCUGACGUUGAGUUUAGUUGCCGAUUACGGAAGCGACUCCGAUGAUGAGCCACCAGAAGAAGUGCCUAUUAAGAAAUCGAAAGCGGAUGAUGAAGAAGCUCUAAAGUCACCUGAGCCAAAGCUGGAAUCAACCAAAAUUACCGACAAGAUUGCAACGCCAAUCGAUACAAAAAUAACUCUAUCUACCUCAAAAUAUGACAGAAAAUCAGUAGCCAAAGAGAAAAAUAUUUAUGAAGACGAUAAAAAAUCUAGUACACCUCGUAGUACACCUCGUAGGCAUAAUAAUUCUCAGUAUAGUAAUGGUAAAUUGAGAUUAUUAAAUAGAUUAUUAGCUCGAUCUAUACAACACGAACGCAACGCAAUUUACCAAUGUAUAACUUUUAUAGCUAACAAUAAUUUCUUUGACUGACGAAAAAUUGUUGCGAUUCUAUAGAUGUAAAAAUAUUGUUUACAUGACCCAGUAAGUGCCUAUUAAGUUUUACGAUAAAGUACAAAAUAUUAGAAAAAAGUUGAUUAUCAUGCGUUUAACGUAUAUGUUCAAGAUUUACAUUUUUUAUUUUCAUACGAGAAAAUGUUGACUUAUCUUAACUACUAUUGUAUCAAGUAUGUAAUACGUUGUUUUUUAUUACUAUUUUUAUAAACUUUGUGAUUCAAUAAAAAGUCUAAGAUUAAUUUUCAAAUAGAAA